UCGAGUAAGGAAACUGUAGUUGCACUCUUCCAGCUGGACACUUGUACAUUCAUUUAGUAAAAAGGGACCAGGCUGUCUUCAAAGGAGGAAGUUGGUGGACAAGUUUAGGCUAACAAGCCAUGACAAGGAUAUUUGUGAAUCUCUGAAAGAUCUUUUGAACCCCCCCUCCUUCCAAUGUUUCAGUGGUUGGGGCCAUGGCCUCUCAGUCAGGCAACAUGAACCGUGAGGACCGGAAUGUGCUCCGAAUGAAAGAAAGAGAAAGGAGAAAUCAAGAAAUCCAGCAGGGAGGAGGAGAGGCCUUUCCAGCUAAUUCACCUCUCUUCCCCGAACCCUAUAAAGUUGUUAGCAAAGAAGAUAAACUGUCCAACCGUAUCCAGAGCAUGCUGGGCAAUUACGACGAAAUGAAAGAACCAAUUGGUGACACGCUUCCAAAGCUCGGAGGUAAACCUUCUAACAGCUCGUCUUCCUCUGAAGAGAAAUCCGGCCCACCUUUAUUUGUCGGGGACCAGCGCAGCGUUGGUAGCGGCGGCGGGAGCCAGAGCAGUAAGUGGACUCCUGUUGGCCCAGCARCCGGCGGGUCUUCAUCCCAAUCCCAGAAACGCUCUGGACUCCCCGGCGGACACAGCGGCCAGAGGAGCGGCGGCGGCAGUAGCGGCAGCAGCAACAGUAGCCAAAGAGGUGAAGUGCGAGAAAAGAAGUCGAGUAAACACAGCGGAGGUUCGGAUCACUCCAAGUCACACACAUCAAGUCCGGCCAAGGGGUCUCUGAGUUCCUCCAGCAGCCACUCGCGGAGCUCCUUGUCUGCUGAGCAGCAUCACAGCAAGGAGCGCUACCGGUCCAGAUCUCCACGAGACAGAGAGGCGAACUGGGACUCCCCCUCACGGGUUCACACCUCUUUCCCCAGCGGACAGCACUCGAGUCAGACCUUUCCUCCCGCUCUCAUGUCCAARCCCAUCUCCAUGCUGCAGAAGCCCACAGCUUAUGUGCGGCCAAUGGACGGCCAAGAAACUACAGAAGCAAAGAGUUCUCAAGCAGACAGCUACAGCGGACAGUCCCACAGCAGCACCAUAGGAGAUGUGAAGCCCAACGGCAAGGCRUCACUAACCAAACUCAAGAUCCCCUCACAGCCUGUAGAGGGCUCCGGUGAUCCAAACUGUGUGGAUGAAAUUCUGAAGGAAAUGACUCAGUCGUGGCCCCCUCCACUCACAGCCAUCCACACUCCCUGCAAAACAGAGCCCUCCAAGUUUCCAUUCCCCACCAAGGAUACACAUGCUUUUCCAAGUGGAAACAAGAGAGGCAGCUCAUCUAAGAGCUCCAGCAGCCACCAGCCUAAAGACUGCAAUGACCCUCCCACAAUGCUGAAAGAAGAUUUGAUUGUAAGCAGCAGUGACGACAGUGAUGGAGAACAAGACGCCAAGAAUGCCUCAAGGAACACAAGCAAUAACAGUGAAGCAGCUGAACCAUCCAGGGACGACUCCAGCAGCCACAGCGGCUCAGAGAGCAGCUCAGGCUCUGACAGCGAGAGUGAAAGCAGCACGACUGACAGUGAAGCCAACGAGCACCCACGACCUGCUUCUCCUGAACCUGAGCAGCUCAACAAGUGGCAGCUGGACAACUGGUUCAAGAAGGCCAAACAGUGUCCCGCUUCCCCCAUAGACAACAGCGUCCCGUCGAAGUGUAAAAAAGAGAGCCGAGAUUUCGGCCGUGGUUCUGGAAGCCAAGGCGGGGGGUCGAAAGACUCCACAGCACCAGCCCCGAGCAGAGACUUGCGAGCGCCGCAAAAAGGUGCGGAGGGUGGCCGCAGCCGUCAGAAGUCCCCCGCCCAGAGUAACGGCAGCACAAAUCCUCGCAUCCGAGUGGGCAAAAAGCAGCCGAAAAAAUCUGAGAAGCCUCCUGUGGUGGAGGAACCAAAGGGGGGUCUGAAAGUGGAGAGCGAGCCGGCUCCAGAGAUCCCCCCMCACCAACCCAAAGCUGCCACUAAGGGUUCCCGCAAGCCAAGCAUCAAAAAAGAACCCAAAUCCUCCCCCAGGCCCUCUGCGGCCUCCGUUACCACCACUACAGACAAACGCAAGACCAAGGCGCCCACCAAGACUCCCCAGUCUCGUGAAAUUAUCAGCACAGACUCGUCAUCGUCAGACUCUGARGGGAACGACAGCAUCCCCUCAUCCUCACAGACGCCCAAGUACACAGAGAGCAUCAGGACCCCCGUUUGUGUGUUUUCUCCUGUGGAAGAGAAAGAGCUGCUGUCCCCUCUCAGCGAUCCAGAGGAGCACUACCCCACAAGGCAGCCUCAUCAGCAGGCUUUACUCGUUAAGAUAGAUCUCAGCUUGCUGUCGAGGAUCCCAGGACGGCCUUACAAGGAGCCUGUAGAGAUAAAAGUGGAGAGGGAAGACUCUCAAGACCGAGACAGCAAGGACUUCAGUAAGCAGAGCAAGUCCAAGAGGAAACACAAGAACGAGGAGGAAGCUACGAAGCCRGAGAGUAAGCGAUUCAAGACAGAAGACAAGUCGUUAUCUCAUCAUAAAAACAGCAGUAAAGAGUCAAAGCGGCCUUUGGAAAAGAAAGAGGAGCCAGCCCCCUCCCCUUCUAUGUCAGGUCCWCAGAGGACACCUAAGGGAGACCAUUCAAGUCGAAAGGGGACAGUCAGCCAGUCCUCCAGCUUGCUGUCGAGUGCGAACGGGAGCAGAAAAGAGGGGAGUCACAGCACAAAGAGCAGCUCCACCUCCAAACACAGAAAAGGAGACGACAAGGGACGCAGCACACGUGAUGGGAAGGUUGACGAGAAAUUACCAAUUAACCAGUUGGCAGUGCCUCCUCUCUCCACAGACGACUCCAAGUCUCAGAGAUCUAAGCUGGUUUUUGAGGACAGGGCUUACUCAGCUGAUCACUACUUACAAGAAGCCAAAAAGCUCAAGCACAAUGCAGAUGCACUGGUAAACCGUUUUGUGAAGGCUGUCUUCUACCUUGACGCCGUGGUUUCCUUCAUCGAGUGUGGCAAUGCUCUGGAGAAGAGUGCCCAGGAAGCCAAGUCACCCUUCCCAAUGUAUGCUGAAACAGUGGAGCUCAUCAAAUACACKAUGAAGUUAAAGAGCUACAUGGCCCCAGAUGCUACAACAGCAGACAAGAGGCUAGCUGUGCUUUGCCUCCGAUGCCAGUCUCUCCUCUACUUGCGGUUGUUCAAGCUGAGAAAAGACAGCGCUCUGAAAUACUCCAAAACACUCACAGAACACUUGAAGAACUCUCUGAGUAACACCCAGGCUCCCUCUCCUGGAAUGGGAAAUAAGGCAGCUGGUAUGCCCUCUCCAGUGUCGCCCAAACUCUCACCAGGCACAGCAGGAGGCUACUCAUCCGUCAGCAGCAGCAGCAGCGCCAGCUCGUCUGUGACCAUACCUCAGCGUAUCCACCAGAUGGCUGCCAGCUACGUUCAGGUCACCUCCAACUUCCUGUACGCCACCGAGAUCUGGGACCAGGCCGAGCAACUGUCCAAGGAGCAGAAAGAUUUUUUCCUGGAGUUGGACAAAGUGAUGGGUGCUCUGAUCUUUAACACCAGCAGCAUGACAGAACUGGUGCGCUACACUCGGCAGGGUCUUCACUGGCUGCGCCUGGACGCUAAUCUAAUUCCCUAGCGAGGACUCGUUCCCUGCAAGCCGCUUCCUCUCUCUCGCUCACACACACACACACACACACACACACACCCACGCAGACCUCAGCCUUUUGUUCACCUCUAGUUCCUCCAAUGCUUACAUGUGGUUAAGCUCUCAGACUUCUCUCCAACACUGUGUUCAUUUUCUGCACCAGCUUGCCAAAAAAACAAAAACAACUCCGAGCAACUUAGGACAUCUCUCACCUUUCGGCGGCACCACACAGUGACACACAUGGAAAAGCUGCAAACGGGAAUCAGAAGAGCUUAUAUCGCCUGGCUUCAUAUAACGGCGUUCUUAUGAAAUUUUUGAAGGCCUGGUUUUUAUCUUGACGUAAAAAGCACUGGGUGCAUAAUUUAUUCUGAGUACACUAAAACUGGGAUUUUUAUUUUUAGGCUCCUUUGGCUUUUUAAUUUUUUAUUUUGACUUUUUCACCAAAGUACCUCCCAGGAACACCAAAGGUGCUUUAAAAUGAACAUUUCUCUUUAUCAUUUUUGUGCCUUGUAUGUGAGCUACAGGAAAACAGUCACCAAUAAUAUCUGGAACCUUUUUUUUUCUUGCUUUAGUCAAAUUAUUUAUGUAAUCAUUUGACCGCAACAAAGCUUAUAUAUAUAUAUUAGUUGUGAAAUAAUUUAAGGUAUCUUUAACAAAGAUCAUAUCCACUACAGCUACAAUCUUCAAAGUCUCCUGGCAGGAGAGGAUAAACUAAAAGGAAACCCUCCCAAAAAUGUAAAAAAACAGAACAAAUGGCUGUUUAAUAUUUGACACAAUUAUUAUAAAUUAUUCAAAAUUGUUUCCUAGCUGUAAUUUUUAUUUUUCAGAAUUUUAAACUUCAUUACUUGCCAAAAAUUAAAAUGUUUUAGUUUAUAUUCUAAAAAAUUAGCAAUUCUCACUAAAAAAAAAAGAAAACAAAAAACAGCCGGAGCCAACACAUACAUAAAAUUUAUCUUUUUAAUUGGGA